CACUGUGGAUAUGACUUUGAACACGCAUGUCCUGGAAACUCACCCCAUACCCGCACAAGCUGGUGCCAAUGCGAUAUCUGCACGGAUACGGAGACAUUUUUCCCAUUCACUGGCGUUACACGCAAAUAUCACCUUGCUAUUAAUGCAACGCGUGGACCAGGACCAGAUGGAUAUGUGCCGGAAAACCUAAAUAAUUCGCGAGAAAAUAUAACAGUGAAUGGCCAAGUUCCUGGACCGACAAUUUUCGCGGACUGGGGAGAUGAGGUAAUAAACGAGGUGCAAAACAAUCUCAUAAAGGACCCCAUCGGCUUUCAUGAAGCAUCAGGAGUUUCUAUUCAUUGGCACGGCAUCAAUCAACUCUAUACAAAUGAAGAUGAUGGUGUUCCAUCGUUGACGCAGUGCCCUAUACCCCCUGGAGCGAUUUUCACAUAUCGAUGGAAAGCUACUCAGUAUGGAACCGCCUGGUAUCACUCACAUAUUGAAACGCAAGCCUGGAAUGGUGCUUUUGGUGGGAUCGUCAUAAAUGGACCGGCUAGCGCUGACUAUGAUGAAGAUAGAGGGGUCCUAUUCUUGAAUGAUUGGUCACAUCAGACCACUGAGGAGUAUUAUGCACUUAUAGCGACAUCCGGCCUAGAAACCAUGGCAAAUGGGCUGAUAAAUGGAACAAAUAUUUGGGAUAACACACAAAUAGUUCCUGCAAAUGUGCGUUUACAAGUCGAUGCGUCUCCGAUUGGCGGAUAUAGAUUUAAUAUGACCGUCGAGCACGAUAAGAAGUAUCGCAUACGACUCGUUAAUGGUGCCAUUGACUCUAAUUUUGAAAUGCAUAUCGAGGGCCACAACUUUACUGUUAUCGCUGCCGACCUGGUGCCAAUAGUACCAUACCAUGUCUCAUCUAUCCAUAUUAUGAUGGGACAGCGUUACGACAUUAUUCUACACGCAGAUUCGAACGAUCCAGGUCCAUUUUGGAUUAUUGCCAAAACAGUUUCGGAUUGUGGUGAUAUCUUUAAUCGAGAUCAUGUUCAAGGAAUCUUGUAUUACGGAGAAAGAAACGAUGAACAGCCAAAGGAUCUUAAUGAUCACAUUUACAACCACAAUUGUGUGGAUGAAAAGAUGGAUAGUCUUACUCCAUAUAUGCCCAAAAAAGUUCCUUGGCCAAUCGCAUGGGCCGAUAUCAGCAACUCAACUCAACUUAGCAAAGCCCCGGUUGGAAAGUAUUUUGACUCCCGGGUAUUCGAUGCCAAUGUUACCGGUCGAGAAACCGACUCAUACAUGAAAUGGACGCUCAACAACCAAUCCAUGCAUGUGCACUGGGAACAUCCUACAUUGCUAGAUGUCAUACAUAAUAAUCUCACGAAUUUGAGUAAAGCAUAUAACGCAGUGGUAUUGCCCAGAAGGGGUAUCUGGUUCUAUCUGUUGAUUACGAACAAUCAGGCUAAGUCUACUCCGGAGGGAAGACCUAUACCAGCAGCCGCACACCCCAUGCAUUUGCAUGGCCAUGACUUCUAUGUAUUAUCACAGAGCACUGAUCAGUGGGAUGGAACGGUCAAAACACAAAAUCCUAUACGCCGAGACACAGCCAUGCUAGAUGUGGCAAAAGGCCAUAUCCUCCUUGCGUGGAAGAUAGAUAACCCAGGUGUCUGGCUGCUUCAUUGUCAUAUCGGGUGGCAUACUGCAAUGGGCUUCGAUCUCCAAUUCAUAGAGCUACCAGAUGAGAUUCCUGGUUUGACAAACUGGACAGCUUUGUCGGAAAAUUGCCAAGCGUGGGAAAGUUCCGAUGCCGUCAGACAGGAAGGUUAUGACUCGGGUGUUUAG